AUGUGCGACCGAGUGGCGCCGCCCGACAGAGCGUUCAAGAUGUCUGCCUGGGCCGCUCGGCAGGGAAGCGCCGCUCUCAGACACCUCGUCGUUCCGGCCUGCUACCUGCAAGUCGUCGCUGCCAGGACAUGCGUGAGCCACCUGGAACAGGAGACGGUCACGGAUAGCACGGGAGUGCGCAAUGGCACGUGGAAGCGCUUCUACUACCACUGCCCCGGCAUCUACUUCCCGGAGGACUACACCGAGUGCUGCAGUCCGGAGGCCUCCAAGUGCUGCCCGCCGGACAAGUGGUUCUAUGAGAUCGACAACACCUUGGCGACAGCCAUCGCAGUGUCGGUGACGUUGACCUGCUUCGCGCUCACGAUACUAGUGAUCGUCUGCUGCUUUUGGUCACGGUGCCCGCUGUACAAUGCCUGCAGAUCGCGCUACAACCACGACAUUCCAAAUCACAAAACAGAGGAGCUCGUGAUGGAGACGGUGCCGGUAGAUUCUCCGGCGAACAAGAAGAAAUACGCGCCACUGGCGUCGAUGAACGGGAGCCCCAUCUUGGAUUCGCAUUCCAAAGUUCUUUGUGAGGAGGAGUUGGCACUUAACGCGAAAACCCAGGAGGCGGUGCGGGCGUUCCUUCCUGAGAAUCAAUCAUUGGCCUCCCACGGGGCUGUGAAUAAUGCCCUCGUGGAUACCUCGACCACUGCCUGUUGUCCAGAAAGCUAG